AGUAACAUUUUCCAAAGAAGACAUCAGUUCAACACAGGCAGUAAAAUGUGGUUUAUAUUCCUUUUUCUCCAGGUCUUUGUUUGCUUGAAUGUUUCCUGGUCACAGACUGUAAACACUUGUGAAAUUGGUGUACUGCAUCCUCAUCUGUAUAUAAGUGGAAUACCUUCAGCCGGUGCACCGAUCACCGUUGGACACAAGUUGCGUUUUCUCUGUGGUGCUGAUUAUCACUUGAAUGGAUCAAUGGAAAUUGAAUGCUUACAAAAUGGACAAUGGAAUCCCUCCUUUCCAACCUGCUCUGGGUCUUCAGGUUGUUCACAUCCCCCACAGGUUCCCAAUGGAGACACCCUUUCAUUUACUAAAUUCAAUUACCAAGAGGGUGAAAGAGUUGAAUACAGCUGUUUUUCUCGAUAUACUAUGGAGGGUGAUCCAUUUAAAACCUGUAGAAAUGGUAAAUGGGAAGGAGAGAUGAGAUGCUUAGGCGCCUGCACUGUGGAUGAGCAGUUAAUGGAGGAAAAUAAUCUUAUGUUUGCAUAUAGCUGGAGGGAAAAAGUAUAUGCCGUUCAUAAGGAUCACAUUACUUUUUAUUGUAAAAGAGGGACAAGACGUGUUGGCACAGUGCCACUGCGUGCACAGUGUAUUGAUGGUGUGAUGGAACUGCCUACCUGCCAGUGA